AUGUCCUUGUCUGCUCAUCGCCCAGGAUCUGGUGCAAUCCACUCUUUAGUGGAACUGGUCCGCAGAACACUGAACUUCGAUCCUCUUGUUAUUGUGAACUCUGGACUGAUUGUUAUCGGUUUGAUCACAUCGCUCCGCUCUGCCGGGAAUGUAUUAUACCACUACGCCGAAAAGACAUGCUUGUCAACGGUACAUGUGAGGGCAGAAGACCCUCUCUACGAGGAUAUUGUUCGCUGGAUGAACGAUCAUGCAUUUCGCCGGCACAAUUUUCUCUCCGUGCUGGCACAAACCACGAAUAGUUCCGACAACGACAAAGCUUUAACACGCUCCCCACUGGGACAACUGGAAUCCGAUAACCUGGUCAGCUACCGAGAGGUAGACGACAACUCUUUCAUCGAGCUGAAGCCUUUCCACGGAUCCCGGUUCUUUCGCUUCAAACGCACAUGGAUGUUGUUUAGCCACGCGGCGAGCAGUCCUGAUAGCAGCACUCGGCCUCCACAGGUGGAUAGUAAUCCUCCCUUGAAACUGCAAUGUAUCAGUCUUUCACUUUCCCCGAUCAAGAAGUUCCUUGAAGAAGUUCGUGCGUACGGUCGCAAAGUCUGCGUGUCGAGCAUCACAGUCUACCGCACCAGGCCUGAUUCUCGAGACCUUGUUCGUUGGAGUUCAGUUGCUUCGCGACCAUCGAGAGAUAUCUCGACUGUUAUCCUUGAUAAACAGAAAAAGCAGACUAUCCUCCGGGAUAUCAACGAAUACCUUCAUCCGCACACAAGACAAUGGUAUGCCAACCACGGCAUCCCUUACCGACGUGGAUAUUUGUUCUCCGGCCCUCCAGGUACCGGGAAGACAAGUCUUGCAUCCGCAAUUGCUGGUGUAUUCGGUCUUGAUAUCUAUGUGCUGAGCUUGUUAGACCCAAGCAUGACAGAGUCACACUUCAUUCGGCUGUUUUCCGAAGUGCCUACGCGGUGCGUGGUGCUUUUGGAGGACGUCGACGCUGCAGGGUUAAACAGAGGAGAAGUGAGGCCUAGCGGGGAUGGUACGCAGCCCCACUCGGCGAAGACGCCAUCAUCAAAUACAGCUGUCUCUUUAUCCGGUCUCCUGAACGCAAUCGACGGCGUCGCAUCGCAUGAAGGCCGCAUCUUGAUUAUGACCACAAAUGUACCCCAAAAUUUGGAUCGCGCGCUCAUUCGGCCGGGUCGUGUGGAUAUACAUAUUCGGUUUGAGCUUCCAUCUCACGAGGAGCUGCGAGACCUCUUCUUGAGCAUAUACAGCGACGUAUAUCAGAACGCUGUUGUCCCUAUUGGAGACAAGAAGCGGGAAACUGGAAGACUCCAUGACCUCGCAGUGCGCUUUGCGGGGUGUCUUCCCGAGAGACGAUUCAGUAUUGCGGAUGUGCAGGGGUAUCUUUUGCGAUAUAAACGACAACCGGAGGAGGCUUGUGGCAAUGUUAGGAGCUGGGUCGAGGAUAUGGAAUAUGGAGAAUUGAGCUCGUGA